AUGAGAACGGAGGUGGAGAUCUAUUGGAAGCCCCCACCUCCCGAGUGGGUCACUCUCAACUCUGACGGCUCCGUUCAUACGGACUCAGGCCAUGCUUUGGCCGAUGAUCUGAUUCGAGAUCAUACUGGACGCUACCUUGCACCGUACGCGAUUAACCUGGGGAGUUGCUUUAUCACCCGGGCUGAGUUGAGAGGCGCGGUAGAAUGGUUGCAGUUGGCUUGGGACACGGGCCAUCGACGUGUCAGGGUGGAGCUGGAUUCUCUUUGUGCGGUCCAACUACUUCAGAAUUUGGAUGCGCAAGACCACCAGCAGACGGCCAUUAUCCAGAGAUUCCAAGAGCUGCUCACCCGUCAAUGGGAAGUUGUUGUUUCCCAUAUUUUUAGAGAGGGGGGAUAA